UUCCGUUUCUGCCUCUGCUGCCCACAGCCACCUUCCUCCCGUGCGUUGUGUUGUGCGUGCCAGAUUGGUAGUAGUAGGCUGGUAGUAGCGCAGCGGUAGCCUCCUUCGUUAUCCCCAAACCCCGCGCCGACGGGCGUCCUCCUCACCGACAUUUCCUCCCACCCCCGCGCGCGCCCCGCCGCCUUUCUCGAACCUCCGCCGCAUUCUUGUCACCUUGUUGAUUCUUCAUUCUUGAUUUGUUCUCCUUUUUUUUUUGGUGAUUUUGUUGUUUCUUGGCCUGCUACUGUUGGCGGCGGCGAGCGGUGGUCACCGGCCGUGCGUUCCCUUCUUUCUCCUCAGCCCUCGGCUCCCCCGCCGGCCGGACACGCCGCCGGAGCUGAGUUGUUGAGGUUUUGCAGGGAAGGGAUACACUCCGAUCCCCAAUGCCCCGCGUUUGGUCCGCCCCUGCAUCCUCCUCCACAGAUUGCUAGGCUUCACCGGAGAUGAUGGCGGCGCCGCAGCUACCGUGCUGCACUCGCCUCGCUCCGCCGUGUCCCGGGAAGGCGGCGGCGGAGGCAAGAACCCUGGCACGUUCACGGUUCAGGUGCUGUGCGGGGGCCGCGAGGCCUCGCUCGUUCCAGAAGAAAGACUCCUUCCUGGACCUCCACCCUGAGGUGACCCUCCUCCGCGGCGGCGACGAGGCGGCCGUCGUCGCCACGAGGAAGGGGUCUCCGAACGGGAGCCCGCUGGAGGGGCUGGGCGCGCCGCCGGAUCACUGCGAUUACGACGGGGCCAAGAUCAAGGUCGUCGGGGUCGGCGGAGGAGGCUCCAAUGCCGUCAACAGGAUGAUUGAGAGCUCCAUGAACGGCGUCGAGUUCUGGAUUGUGAAUACCGAUGUGCAGGCGAUAAGGAUGUCGCCGGUCCUUCCGCAGAACAGGUUGCAGAUUGGGCAGGAGCUGACUCGGGGUCUAGGCGCAGGUGGAAACCCUGACAUUGGGAUGAAUGCGGCGAAAGAAAGUGUCGAGUCCAUUCAGGAAGCUCUUUACGGUGCUGAUAUGGUUUUUGUCACGGCUGGGAUGGGUGGAGGCACUGGAACUGGAGGUGCCCCUGUAAUCGCUGGAAUUGCCAAGUCCAUGGGUAUACUGACAGUUGGCAUCGUGACGACACCAUUCUCAUUUGAAGGGAGGAGACGGGCAGUUCAGGCUCAAGAAGGAAUAGCAGCCUUGAGAAAUAGUGUGGACACCCUCAUUGUCAUCCCAAAUGACAAGCUGUUGUCUGCUGUUUCUCCAAAUACUCCAGUAACCGAAGCAUUCAACUUGGCUGAUGAUAUUCUUCGACAAGGAAUUCGUGGUAUCUCUGAUAUUAUCACGGUUCCUGGGUUGGUUAAUGUUGAUUUUGCUGAUGUUCGAGCCAUCAUGCAAAAUGCAGGCUCAUCCUUGAUGGGUAUUGGAACGGCUACAGGGAAGUCAAGAGCAAGAGAUGCUGCUCUUAAUGCCAUUCAGUCACCACUGCUAGACAUUGGAAUUGAAAGAGCUACAGGCAUUGUGUGGAAUAUCACUGGGGGAGCUGAUAUGACUUUGUUUGAGGUGAAUUCUGCUGCUGAGAUCAUCUAUGACCUUGUUGAUCCAAAUGCUAAUCUGAUAUUUGGUGCUGUCAUAGACCCAUCACUCAAUGGCCAAGUGAGCAUAACCUUGAUUGCCACUGGCUUCAAACGUCAAGAUGAACCAGAAGGUCGCACCACAAAGGGUGGCCAACAAACGCAAGGAGACAAUGGUCGACGCCCAUCCUCUGCAGAAGGCAGCAUGAUUGAGAUUCCUGAGUUCCUUCGGAGGAGAGGACCUUCUCGCUUCCCGCGAGUCUGACUGCCCAGGCUCCCUUCCCUUGCCCAGUAUCUAUGCUUAUCAGCAUUCUCCUAGAUCAGUCGCCUCAUGUAGGAUACCAGGCAUGUACAGUACUGUAGUUGUUUGGUUGUUCAGUUUUGUUUACUCCCUUAUGUUCUAUAUUUUGAGAUCUUACUGUUAAUAAUUUGUAGCAAUGAGCUUGCUAAUGCUAUAGAAAUCGUUUUAUCCCAGUAGGUCAAAAUGAUCAUAUGCCCCUACUCAAGUUGUGUUCAUCUCACGAGGCUUUUACUCGGUUGAGA